AUGGCCUCGCUAUUUGCAGAAUAUACACCAAGGCUCGUCGCGGCCCCAAACACCCUCGAGCACAGAGUGUACAUCGAGCAGAAUGGUGCCGUCGUAUCCCCUUUCCAUGAUAUCCCGCUCUUCGCCGACCGGGAAGCCGGAAUCUUCAACAUGGUCGUCGAGGUUCCCCGGUGGACGAACGCGAAGAUGGAAAUCUCAAAGGAGGAGCUGUUCAAUCCCAUCAAGCAGGACAUCAAAAGGGGCAAGUUGCGUUUUGUGCGCAACUGCUUCCCUCAUCACGGAUACAUCUGGAACUAUGGUGCUUUCCCCCAGACCUGGGAAGAUCCCGCUGAACUACACCCCGAAACCAAGGCGAAGGGAGACAACGAUCCUCUCGAUGUCUGCGAGAUCGGAGAGCAAGUGGGCUACGUCGGUCAGGUCAAGCAAGUGAAAGUCCUUGGCGUUAUGGCACUUCUCGAUGAAGGCGAGACUGACUGGAAAGUCAUUGUCGUUGAUGUACGGGACCCCCUCGCGUCCAAGCUGAACGACAUUGAAGAUGUCGAGCGCCAUCUCCCCGGUCUCAUUCGCGCAACCAACGAAUGGUUCAGGAUCUACAAGAUCCCUGAUGGGAAGCAGGAGAACACCUUUGCUUUCUCUGGAGAAGCUAAGAACAGGAAGUACGCCACCGAGAUCAUCCACGAAUGCCAUGAAGCCUGGCGUCGACUUAUCACCGGAGAGUCUGCUGCUAAAACAGCUGCCUAUGACCUUUCCAUUCGCAACAUCACCAUCUCCAACUCCCCUGGGUUCGUUCGACGGGAUGAUCCCUCUUACACAUCCGUCCCCGCAGGCCAAAGACUCCCUCCUGCUCCCAUUGACCCUUCCAUUUCGAAGUGGUUCUAUAUCUCGUCUGCGCAGGUCUAA